CAGAAGGAUGAACUGAACAAGUACAACGCGCGGAAGUGUGGAGUUGGCAGUUCUGAGAAGAGGCAGUCCUGGCUUGGCGUGGCUGGAGAGCGGAAUGGACGUGGGACGGCAGGCUGGAGUUGGACUUAGGAGAACCUUGGCGUCCUGUUCUGAGUCAACAUUCCUCCUUCUAACCAUGGGACUUUCCAGAAGGACCACAGCUCCUUCCAUGCAUCCACUUGACCUGGGAUGUCCUGGAUUUGGCUGUCGAGCGACUUUGCCUGCCUCUCCAGAGUAUGGCCGUGUGGUCCCUGUGGAGUCUGCUUCUCUGGGAAGCACUACUUCCCUUCAUUGUAACCGGUGCCCAAGUUCAGGGCCAGGUGGGGGGCUCCGCGCUGCUGGUGGCAGAGCGCCCUCCCGGCUUCCAAAUCCGAGAGGCCAUCUGGAGAUCCCUCUGGCCUUCAGAGGAGCUCCUGGCCACGUUCUUCCGGGGGUCUCUGGAGACGCUGUACCACUCCCGCUUCCUGGGCCGAGCCCAGCUGCACAGCAACCUCAGCUUGGAGCUGCGGCCACUGAAGUCUGGAGACAGCGGCAACUUCUCCGUGCUGCUGGUGGACAAGGAAGGUCGAGCCUGGACCCAGACCCUGCAGCUCAAGGUGUAUGGUGCAGUGCCCAGGCCCGUGGUGCAAGUGUUCACUGCUGUAUCAGGGGAUGCUCAGCCCCCCAAGACCUGCCAAGUGUUCCUGUCCUGUUGGGCUCCCAACAUCAGCGACAUAACCUAUAGCUGGCGACGGGAGGGAACCAUUGACCUUGAUAUCAAGCCAGGCGGCCUCUUCAUGGACGGACAGGUGCUGAGUGUGUCACUGGGACCAGGUGACAAAGGUGUGGCCUAUUCCUGCAUUGUCUCAAACCCUGUCAGCUGGGACUUGGCCACAGUCACCCCCUGGGAGAGCUGCCAUCACCAGGCAGCUCCAGGGAUGGCCUCCUACAAAGAUGUGCUACUGGUGGUGGUGCCUGUCUUGCUGCUUGUGAUCCUGGCUGGUCUCUCUGCCUGGCACUGGGGCCCCUGCUCAGCUCCUGAAAGAACUACCCCAGCUGACCUGGGCUUCGUGGACAUGUCCAUCCUAGGCUGUCUGGCUGGUCCCAGGAUGGAGAAAGUGGGUCAGCAAGGAGAAGGAGGCAUAAGACUUCAGUGGAUGUGUCCUAAAAGGCAAGAGUCUUGGCGCAGCCACUGAGCAUGCAGCUGGGCUGGCUGGCUGGCUCCUGUAUGUUCUUUCCACAGGCAAGGGAGGGAAGAGGGAGCAGCAGGGGUCACACUCCACCUAGGGCCCUGUCUGCUCCUGAGAGGGUCUGACCUGGCCCUUUGCCUCAGACAGCCCCCAGGAUUUGUGGUAAGAAGGUGGAAGCCAGGAAGCAAGCAGCUUUUUGUUUUAACAGCUUUAUUGGACUAUACUGCACAUACCGUGUAAUUCAUGCAUUUCAAGUGUAAGACUCAAUGGCUUUUAUUACAGUCACAGAGUUGUUCAUCCCUCGCCACACUCAAUUUGAGAACAUCCUCUUUACCCCUAAAGGAAAUUCCCAAGCCCCUUAGCCAUCACUCCCUAGUGCCCCUUUCCCUUCCAGCCCCAGGCAACCACUAAUCUCCUUUCUGUCCCUAGACUGUCUCUUCUGGACAGUCUAUCCUGUAAAUGGAGUCAUGCACUGUGUGAUCCUUUGUGACUGACUUCUUUCACUUCGCCUAAUGUUUUCAAGGCUCAGAAAAGAGCAGCUUUGGACACUGAGAAGGGUAGAGAGAAUCCAACUACCGGGGAUAGUGGAAAGGCUCUACCCAGGGCAUCUGGAGGCUGACCCUUGGCUCUGACACGUGGCUUCUGCCUAGUCAUUUAACUGGGUCCAUCCCAGCUCUAAGUUUCUAUACCUUCUACAGCUAAAUGCGUGCCUUAAUUGCAGAGAAAGUCUAGACAUUAGGAAGAACUUCCUGUCCUUGAAGCAUCUCCUUUUCCAGGGUCUUGGAAAACCAGGAGAGCUAUUCCUUGCCUGAGGUGAUCUUGAACUAGGACCAUCAGGAUUCA